CAGCUCGGCUGGGGAAUACAGUACUGUGCAGCGUGGCCGCCAUAUUUGUUGGGUCUUUUGAUCUAAAGCAGAGCGAGCAUUAUGCCGGUAUAUUGUGUGGCCUUUGGUUGCUAUAACCGGCGCAAUACUGAAACCAGAUCGCGUGGGAUUACCUUUCACAAGUUUCCCAGUAACAUAGACUUGAGGAGGCAAUGGGAAUUUGCAAUAAAAAGGGAGCGUUUUGUUGCUUCUCAGUCAUCCAAGCUUUGUAGCGAGCACUUCGAGCCAGAUGACUUCGACAGGACGGGUCAGAUUGUCCGGCUCAGAGAUGGUGCGAUCCCGUCUGUCUUUAACCUCUCAUCUCAUCUUCAAAAACCUGCAGCAGUAAGGAAUGCCAAAAAUUCAAAGAAAGCUGAAGAGAGCCUACCAUUGGACCUUUUUCAGAAUUCCCCUGAAAGUGAACCUCAGCCCAGUGAUGACCACUCCUAUGCAUUGCCCGAUUCACCCACUCAUCUAAAAGCCAGACUCCGUGAAGCUUUGCGUAAAGUGGAGAGUCUAGAGCGGGAGAAGCUGAACGCAGAGGCCCGAGAACGGAGAGCACAGAAAACCAUAAAGAUUCUUCUGGAGGAUCUGAAGAAAAAGAACCUUAUAAAUGAGGAGUUGAAAGAAAAGCUUGACUUCUACUCAGAUCUUCAGCUAGACCUCUUUUCAAAGCGGGGCUUUGAAACCAGAUCACUGACGGAACAAAGAGAGUUCGCCCGGACACUUCACCUCCACGGUCCGAAAGCAUACAAUUACUUGAGAGAUUCUCUGCAUCUUCCCCUGCCACAUCCAAAGACACUGGUUUUGAAAGCUCUGGGAAAAAAGGAAAGAAAGAAAAAGUGCCCAAAAAAGGGAUCCGAGGGUUGAAGCGAUUAAAAAGCUAAGUUGGUUGUAGCUCCCCGGCUCCAAACAUGUGUAUAUAUGUACAUUCUUCAAAUGAACAAUAAAACUUUUCUUAAUUGCAAUAAAAAAGGAAUUUAUUUAUCCGGUUUUAUA